AGUAAGAAGGAGGAAGUGAAGCUGUGUGCUAGCCGCAAUGGCGUCGGCGAGCCCGUUCUUAAAUCUAACCAAAGAUGUUUCGUGCUCUAUUUGCCUUGAGUUUUACGAAGAUCCCGUGUUUCUGGAAUGUGGCCACAACUUCUGCGAAGCCUGUAUCUCCUCCUAUUGGGAAAACGGGGAGUGUUCCUGCCCAGAAUGCCGACGGUUCCUUCCGCAGAAAGUGCUGAAGCCUAACAGGCAGCUAGCAAGUAUCGUGGAGAACGUCCGGACCCUCGUAGCCGGUUCCGAGGACAGAGAUUGGGGAGAAACACUGAGUGGGUUUCGUGGCACCGGACAGACCCAGCUUGCCGGUGCCCAACGCCUCCCUCCCAGCGCUGCAGAUCUCAAGAGAAAGGUAGAUGAGCUCAUGAACCAGCUUGAAGGGGAGUUCGCUGAACUGCACCGGAUUCUUGACAGGGAAGAACAUGAAAUGAAACAAAGACUCAGCCAGAAAGGAAAGGAGCUGCAGCGCAGGCUGGUGAACAGCAGCAGGCCAAACAAUGAUAAUGAUCCUUCUCUCCUGCAAAUGAUCUGGAGUUUGCUGAAGGAGAUUGCAACAGCACCAGCUGCUGGCGAAACCAGGAAAGAAAACAAAGUUGUUAAUGACAUACUGAUUGGUGAGUUUGGGGGACCUCUACAGCACAUGGUGUGGAGACAGAUGAGAAAAUUGAUAAAACCAGCAUUCGCUCGAUUGACUCUAGCUCCGAAUUCAGCUCACCCGAGGCUCAUUUUAUCUCCAAGUAUGACCACGGCAUUAGUUGGAUACCUGCCACAGCAGUUCCCGGAGAAUCCAAAACGAUUUCAGAAAUGUAUCUGCGUGUUGGGAUCAAAACAGUUUACAUCAGGAAAACACUAUUGGGAGGUCGCAGUUAACCAGGGGGCAAAGUGGAUGGUUGGAGUUGUGAAGGAGUCUGUAAACAGAUGCAAAUUAGAAGAAAUGACUGUACAGAAUGGUUACUGGGUAAUAAGUCCUUAUGUAACCAAUUGGAUCCAAUCACUCUUCGAUUUCUUUGUACAGAUAGACAGAAAUCCAAAACACACCGAGCACCUUAAGCUCCAAAUUAAUCCAACAAAGGUUGGUGUUUAUCUGGACUACGAGGGAGGGCAGGUGUCAUUUUACGAUGCUGGUAACAUGUCUCACCUCUACACACAUACUGGGCCAAUGUCUGGUGCAGUCUUACCUUUCUUUGGACCUGGAAAUUCAGCAAAUGAUCAAAUCAGACUGGUUCAGCCCUGGUGGUAAAUUUGAUUUGUCUUGUCAAUUACGUGAAAAUGUUGUAAGAUUGAAUCAUUAAAUAAACAAUU